CACACAACCAAACAGCAGAACCAGUGUCAGAUUUCCCGAGGGACAAGUUGAGCGCAAGAUGGAGCACCAGGGGCGCGGCGCAGGCGAGAACAAGGGCGUCGUGGAGAGCAUCACGGAGAAGCUCCCCGGUGGCCACGGUGAUCACCAGCAGACCACCGGUGGUACAUACGGGCAGCAGGGACACGGCGCCGGAGUUACCGGCACAGGCACCGGCACCAGCGAGAAGAAGGGCGUCAUCGAGAACAUCAAGGAGAAGCUCCCCGGUGGCCACGGUGGCCCCCAGCACACCACUGGAAUGACCGGCUCGGAGACGCAUGCCACCACGGCCACCACCGAUGGCAACUACGGGAAGUCGGGACACACCGGCACUGACGGCACCGGUGAGAACAAGAGCAUCAUGGACAAGAUCAAGGACAAGCUGCCUGGACAGCACUAAGCCCAGCCGGCCGCCCCGCUACCUUUGCAGAAUAUAUAAUAAGAUGGCCAACUUCCACCGUGUAUACAUUAACUGAGUCUAGUUUAACUAGCUCACUUGGUCGUUGGAGGAGCGCCCGAAUUCAUCUGGGUUUAAGUUUUCGUUUGUUUACAAUUUGCCUACUUUGAUGUGGAAAUUUCCUCUUGGUUCAAACCGUGUAUGGUAUGCUGUGGUAUCUAUAAUAUACAUCUAUAUC